AUGUCUACCGUCACCGUAUCCCGCCCUCUCGCUUUUCCUCAGCUGACCCUCCCCACCGCCGACGACCAUUCUUCCGCCUACGCCCCCCCACCUGCCUAUGAACAGAAGAUGCAGGCUUACCGCGAAUCUAUCGACGUAGAGUUGCGCGACUAUGACGCGUGUAAAUGCCAGGAACUCAAGGAAUGGGUGGAAGCUUGGGAAAUGAUCACCAGCGAUCCAAAAGAGAGGGAGAGGAUAAGGCCUUACGCCGAGGCGGAGUUUGCUUCGGAAAGGGAGGAGCUCGUGAAGGGUUUGGAAAGCGACUUUCAACACUAUUCAAAAGUGUGGUUGCUGGAAGAUAUGGCGUUGGCAUCAGCAAUGAAUCAGAAGUGA